GCGGCCUUGCAGACUGAGAGCGCUGCCAACAAAGGCCGAGUCGAUGGGGUUACAAAAAGAUUGUUAAUUUGGACUUCUAAAACCCUUUUGUUGUUGUAAUUAUAAUUUUAUAUAGGUUGUGAAUUUGUGAUUACGGUUAAGAAAAUGUGUGAAUGAUAUGAAUCGUGACGACUAGCAAAGGAGUCAGCUGGUCCACAGUGCGAAUAGUGAAUAAGAAAUGGCGGCCUUGCCAGCAGGUGUUCAGUAUGGGUUAUCAUCGGAGUCUAGUUAUAAAGAAAACAAGGAACUAGUGUUUGUGAAAUUAACGGAUUCAGCGCUUAAAGCUAUUGAAGACUUUCUUAGAAAUAAUAGGGACAGAUUGGCAAAACCUAAAAUACAGUUCCUACCCGGAAAUGAAGGGAAAAUCUCCAUUCCGGCGCCAGCCAGUGGCAAUGGCCAAGCAGGCGAGGCUACAUUUCACUUCAGCAUUAAUAGUAAUGCGGAGAUGGAGGGUCCACAGGGUUCGUUCGAGUGUGUUCGAAGUGGUGGAGCACGGCGCUUGGAGUCGUGCGGGCCAUUAUCUCGCAGAAUGCGUGUACAGGCCAACGACGACUCGUACGAGGCCACCAAGGACCGUAUGGCGAGAACAGUCGCCGCGGAGCAGAGUAAAUGCACCCGCGUAAUCAAACCUAACCAGACGGACAUCGGACGUCGCGUUAAAUUGCGCUCGACGCAUCCUUACUCGGGUGUGGGAGCGACCCAGUUAGCCGAUCGAGCUGAAAGGCCCGAGAGGCCUGAGAGGCCCGACAGGCCCGAUAGGCCGGAAAGGCCUGAACGGCCUGAGCGAGCCGAAAGGCCCGAGCGACCUGAGCGAGCCGAGCGGCCCGAGAGGCCGGAUCGGCCAGAUCGGCCCGAUAGGCCAGAGCGGCCUGAGCGUGUGGAAAGGCCAGACAGGCCGGAUAGGCCCGUCCCGCCUGCGCCUCGGCCGCAGCCGGCGCCGGGCGUACCUCCGCACCAGUCUCACCCCCAACAUCAGCAGCACCCACAACACCCGCCCACCCAGCACCAGCCACAGCGGCCACCCCCUAAUCCGGAUCUCACUAGGCGGUCCAUCAAAGAAAGACUUAUACAAUUAUUAGCAUUGAAACCUUUCAAGAAGCCCGAAUUGUACGCGAGGCUUACUACCGAGGGAAUCAAAGAAAAGGAUCGCAGUUUAAUGAACAAGAUUUUGAGUCAAAUCAGUUUACUCAAGGAUAAUACUUACCAAUUACGUAGAAGCAUGUGGAAUGACGUCAACGAGGAUUGGCCGUUCUACACUGAGGAGGAGAAACGUAUGCUCAAGAGGCGGAAACCUCAAAAUCUAACGCCACCGCUAAGUAGCGAUUCGGCGAACUCGUUAUCCCCACGAGCGUCGCCAUCUGGCAACAAGAGAGCGAGUAGUGCGAGUAGUGCGGGUAGCGUGGCUAGUGCGGCGGGGGGCGCGGUGCCCGGGGCCGCGCUGCCGGCGCUGGGCGCUGACGAGGCGCCGGCCGCCAAGAAGCAGCGCAUCUCCCACUACCGCCGCCCCUCGCCGCCCUCCUCGGGCUAUGCCACCACCUCCUCGGGCGAGCGACAGGCCUCCGACAACGAGGAUGACCGAACCACCGUUAAAAAGGACGGUUAUAGUAACGGUUAUACCCUUAACUAUAAUACUGUAAAGGAUCUCUGUCCCAGUCCUGUGAAGACGAAUGGUUUUAGAAGUAGUCCCCCAGUAGAACCCCAAACGAAUAUCACAGAAAAAGACAUCACAAAUAAUGAACCCUUAGAAAAUACAGAAUUAGCGCCUGUCCCUGAUGAGAAUAUGACUGACUUGGAAGAAAUUGAAAGAUCAUCAUGGAUAUCAAGGCAAUAUCCGCCUAUCACUAGUUCUAACAUUCGACGGGCGUAUAAGAACGAGUUUGCGGAACUUUAUACGGAGUACCGGUCGCUGUACAACCGUGUGGCGCAGGUGGCCGCGAUGUUUACUCGCUUAGAACAGGAGUUAAAACGCGCGCAACCCCUUUCACCGCACCAUCAGAGUAUAGAACAACGCAUCGUGGAUGAAUACCGACGCGUUAACAACGACCCAGCGUAUAAGCAGGAGAGGCGGCGUGUCAACUACCUGCAUCGCAAACUUACUCACAUCAAGCGUAUGGUUUAUGAUUAUGAUCAGUUGCGAAACUUGAAGCCAGAUCGUGUUUCGACCGCGAGCACAACGCAAGCGUACUGACACUCGAGUUUCCCGCCGCCCGCCGCUCGCUGCCUUUAGUACUGAUAUAUAAUUAACACGCCUACCCAGAGCAUCUCAACAGGUCAUAGACAUUUGUAUUAUAAGAUCUAUAGUUUUUAUACGAGUCAGUGUCUCCCGUUUAGUGACAGAGUUAAGCUUUUUAUAUAUAUAACGAUAGGCCUUCGGUGUACUCUUAACGGUCCAGGUAAUGCUGCGCUGACUGCAAAACGUUUUAUCACAAGGAAAUUGUACGGUGAACCUGUCUUAUGACGUUGGCUGGAGACGGUAAUCCCUGGUCGAAAUGUGGUGCCUUGAAGUUUCAGUGAAAUGCAGUGGUUUUGUAAAUAUCAUCAGUUUAUUGUAGUGUAAGGAACGAUCCGUUCCAACUGCAUUGGUUCCACAUUUUGGCCAUACAGUUCCUUUUAUAAGGAUUUGAUUAUCGUCUCCGAAUGACUUCUACGACAAUCGCUAAUUUGUAUGUGGUUCUUCUAGUGGCAGGUUUUCUAAUGUGACUAUGUUAUUAAUUUUGACUAUUUCUGUUUUUAUUAGUGGUUUGUACGAAGAUUUAAUUUGAAACCCAGUUUCUUAUUGAAAUAACUGGAUUUUAACGUUUGUGAUGACGAUCUUCGUGUAAAUCCCCUAAAGCGUUUUUUUCAAUGAAAUUUAAUACGAAACGUGAACACCAUUUUCGUUCUAAUAUACAAGGAAAAGACCUUAAUAAAUAUGCAUGAAUCAUGCCAAUCAACUAGUUAUUGUCAUUGGAAUUAUAUACGUACUAACGAAUGACCUUUACUCGGGACGAAAAUGAAAGUUUGCUGUUCGUUCUAUAAUUGAAUAAACGCCUGUUAUUGAAGUUAUGAAAUUACGUUAUUUGGAAAUAUACAUCUCUGAUGUUGUGCUAGCCUGCCAACUUGGCAAGAUGAACACUAGUUGUGACUACACAUGGUUAAGGAAUUAUUGUUCUGUUUUUAGUCAUUCUCAUUGUAGUUAAUAAUAAAAAAAUAUUAAGUUACAUAAUAGUAUAUUAAGUUUCAUUGUUCUUCCAUUAAUUUUAACAGAGCGAUACCUUGACCAUCUGAUUAAACGGAGCGAUACUCGCUGAAACCGAUGUGAGUUCCCAUACUGAUACACUUUUAUUCAAUACUUUGUAAUACAACAUGGUAUAUGUACAUAUUUAUCUUCCUUUCGGACCUAACACUUGUUUCUCGCUUUUCUAACGAAGUUUAUUCAGAUUUUUACUUAGUUUUAACUGAGCAGAAACAAAAUGGUCUGCCAAACUGUCCUUGUUUGUUAUUGUCAAUGAAACUUGACAAUUGCAAUAUUACUCCGUCGUCAGUCGUGUGGCGACUCUAAUCGCCAUAACGAAGACUUGAACUGGUUGAUUUUUAUAUUGUAAAUAGCAUAUUAUGUAUAUUAAAAAAUAAAUUAUCAAGUAUAUAAUAGUCCAAUUAGAUAUAUGUUCGUCCACAUUUUAUUCCAGUCGAAAAUGAUUGCCGUCUAAUGUUAUUGUUGUCCAAAUGAAGUUUGCUUAUACUGUUUCUUAAUUAUUUUACUAUUUCACUUGUACCGAGGUCAAUGUGUAAAUAAUUUGAUGUCGCACACGUAUGACAAGUGCUGAGAACUUGGACAAUUCUUACGAGUCAAUUUGAUCGACUAUUGGCCUUCGAUAACAAUUAUAUUGCCCUUUUUAUCUACACUAAUAUUUAACCCAAUGUCGUCCCUUCGCUUCUAAACAAUCCAUCCAUAUUUUAAUGUUGGACGUUCAUUUUAUUUUGUCUUGCCCGGCUUGCAUGUUGUACAUAGUAGUAUCUAUAAAAGAAUUUUAUUCACGUUCUUGUUAAAUUUUGUUAUAUUCUAGUGUAAUAACUCAGGUUUAUUUUCAUUAUUAUAUUAUCAUAUUUAUUAAAGUUUGGCUGUGUCGUGUUAUUGCCGUAUAAAGAUCUUGUAUAUAGUGUAUGGCUAAAGUAACUCAUCGUAUGUCACAAAGUACUCGUGCAAAAGUGACGGCUAAUGUUGUAGUUUUAAAAGGGUAUCGGGCAUCACACGACAGAGUUCAAAUAUAUAAUUAUGAGGUUAUAUAGUGUUUGCCAAAUCGGAGUAUUCGUUUAUUUUCUAUUGCCAAACAUAACGUCUCGAAGAUAGCAACAACCGGCCAGCGUUGAACAUCCACUAGAAAUAAGGAAUUUAUCUGGUCCUUUUCGGUAAUACCCUCCAGAUCACAAUAAAAUUCUUAGUAAUUUUAGUAUACAUUCGGGCCAACGUUGAGUACUUAUAUGAUCAAAGUUACGAGAUACAGCUAAGCUAACAGCUUCACUGAGUCCCUGGUCCAAUGUAUGGAAGCCGUCUUGCAUAUUAUGUCCUGAAAGUAACGUCCAUAUUUGAAAUGAUUUAGCGUUAAGUGAUUCUGAUUUUUAUCUUCGAAAGCAAAGUCAGUUAUGCAAGUCCAUUACAUAAUUUCAAAUGCAAUUUAAAAACGGCAUAAAGCGUCCUUAAAUUGAAUGAUGUCAUUGUAAAGUUAAUUUUCACCUAAUGUAUACUUAUUUGUUGUUAUAUGCGUAUUAUAUAGUAUAACGCGAACAUUUGCGUAGGUUUACGAAACCUUGUUAAAGGAUAAAGUUACUUCUGUUAGUUUUUUGUCAAUUAAAGUGUCAAAACGGUAUUAGGAUUUCAUUUUUCAUUAUAAACGUCAAUUGUUUUUUAUGUAUAUACAGGAACAGUAGAUUUUCAUUAGUGAUGUGAAGUUUUUGGUCAAUUCAAAAAUAAGUGCCCUUUUGUUGCUCACGAUACGAUAAUAGUUUGUGGUUUAAUUAUCGCUUUUUUUACUCAUUAUAAUGCUCAAUAUUGUGGUCAUGAUAUUAGAUGAUUAAAUUUCGCUUUGGUUUUUAAUUUAUUUCUGUUGUUUAUUUAUUCAAAAAUCACUCAUUAUCUUUUGUCGUCACAGUCACUCUUUAACAGUUGCUUUUGUUACGAAACGUUAUUACAAUGAAAUGGCCUUGAGUGUAGUAUUUAUAAGGAUUUGCAAUCAUAAUAUACAUAUAGUUAUCAAAUUAAACAUUUACCAUGUGUCGAAUUGUUAAUAGGAACCUGAAAUAGUGAACAAAACUUUUAUUCUUUUUACUUUAUUGUUGUAAUAAUAGUUUUAAACAACAAAAACUGUUUGUGACUGUUGAAGAUUUUUGGCAAGAUAUUGUUUGUGCGGGUGUUAACUUAUCUCUUGUUUAUAAUGAGUGACCUUUAUAACUCACUUGACAACCUGUAAUCGAUAACACACACAGACUAAACACACGUCAAACUGAUUACCCAGAAACUCGUGUAAGUUAAUUCCCGCAACGAGUAACACCUUAAUCUUCUAUUUUGCUUGCCUUUACUUGCAUCGUUCGGUGUUAAAUGUCAUUUAUUACAAGUAUAAUAAUAAAAAAACGAACUCAAUUGAAAUCGAUAGGAAGAAACAGUUAAAAUGUUAUUGUUACCACUAGUUUAAGAACUAUCGAUUGUUUUAUUAUAAUAAUUCGUAUAACUAUUGAAUAUAACGUGCAUUAUAUUAACUGAAACAUUUGUUUAUUGAUAGUAGAUUUCUUCUGUUAAUAUUUUUCGGGGAGGUUGUUGAUUAUUGAAAGUGGAUAUUGUGAAAAAUGCAUUCCAUUUGUCAAAACCGUUGACUUAGCACUGUUCAUCGGCGCACCUAGUACAUGGAUAGCGAUAAAAGAAUGUGAAUACUAUAUUUUUACAGGCAAUAAUGCAUAGGAGAUACGCGGUCGUAAUUCCGUUCUAGAUUCAAUAUGACACCACUAACUAGAAACCCUAUCACGUGUCAUAUUGAUAUCUGCAUAACGUAGAUUAGACCAAUAUUUACAAAUCCCAGACCAUUUAAAAUAAGAUACCCCUUUCUAACGUAAUAAAUUAUAAUAUUAUCUAAUUAUACUGUCACAAAGGGAGUAAUAAAAUGUCAAAUGUUGCUCGAUUGUUACCGGUUAAGUUAUUGUAAAGUUGGACAGAAAUAUUUGUAUUUUGUCAUGUUUAUACAAAGGAAAAAAAUAUCUCAAUAAAAUAUCAUAGUCCAUUGUACAGAGUAGAAGAUAUUUAGUAUCUAGUGACGUCAUCUUCUUAAAUCCUAGUUAGUGAUAAAUUAGGAGUACUAAUUCCCAAAUAUGUAUGAUUUGUUGUCGCAUGACAAAUCCGCCACACUGUAUUUGUCUACUACGUUACUUUGGUUGUAUUCGAUCGCAUCUACCUAUGGAACUUCAAAUUAGGUUGUGUUAACCCCAUACUUCAACCAUAACAAUGAAUGUGGCCUAUUUUAUUUAAUUUAAUAUUGUUAUAUAUGUUAUCUAGUGGCAUUUUUGUCAUGUGCAAACUUAAUAUGUUAUAUUACUUAACAUAGCUGAUAUUAUAGCGGCUUAAGGCGGGCGUUACAUACACGAUGAUCCUUACCUUACUUUAAUUUUUAGAUAUAGAUCUUUGAGUUUGCGUAUUCUGAUCAAAUGUUAUUGUAAAUUUGCUGUACAGUAAUCAGAGGUCGGCCGCCGCCGCGAGCCCGGGCUCGACAUCGAUUUCGCAAGACUGUCGAUUCACCGAACAAUUUGAAUAUUAUGUAUUAUGUCAAAUGUAAAUAGAGUACGAAUUAGACAUUUAGACAUGUUAAGGGAUGUAAUCUUAGUGUUUUAUUUUUAUUAAUUGCUAUAAAAUGUAUAUGACGGGGAAAUUAUAUGAAUAUAGAUUGAUGGUUAUGGUUGGUGCGAACCGACCGCGCGGCGGCGGCCUUAGCGCUCAGCGCGCAAUGAAACAAUGCUGCGAUAUUCCUUGUGCCCCUCGAAAUAUCAGUGCAUUAUAUAUGAGUCAAGAUGUAUAGACGAUGCGGUAGUGUUAAUGUGUAUAGAUACGUUUAUACAAGCUCGAGUCGGGCGGACGAGAGAAACAGACUUGCCAGCCGGUUCGAGCGAACGACGACUAGCUAUGAAUCCUGACAUCGGCUCACGUUAAUUAGCUUAUAAAUAAAUAUUUCAUCAAAAUAUAAAAUACACAAAAAAAUGGAUAUAAAUUUCUCGACCAAGUACUGGUUGUUUUUAAAUUAUUAAAAUGUAAAAAAAAAUUAGAGUAUAAACAAAGUAUAGGUACAAUUUAUGAAUUAUACUUUUCUUUUCGGCAUUUCAUGUAACAGUGGAAGAGACCUAGCUUAUUUGCUACACCGAAAUAUUUUGUGUAAGUUCGCAACCCAUGUUCACGUAGAACAUCAAGCACACUUGUUGAAGCAACCUUACACAAUGUCGAAUGUUUCUAUAUAUUUUGUGAUUUCUUUUGCUCAUUGUCCUCUUCCAUUGCUUUUUUUUGUUUGUCAACUGUCUAAGUGUAUAAUAUGAUUUUGUUAAGGCAGGGUAAUGCAGAAAUGUGAAGAGGUACUUUUUUAAUUUGAAUUGAUUGAGGAUUUGUUUGAAUGUUUUAAAUUGAGUUACUUUUAUCCAUUCAAUGGAAUUUGUAUUGUUAUGAAAGGAGCCAGAGUUUGUUGUUUUUUUUUUAAUUAAGUCAAUUUGAAUUUCGAUUUAAUGAGGCAGCAGAUUAGUUUAUUAUAACUGUCAAGUUACCACAGAAACAAUAGUCAGUUGUAGGCUCUCUUUGGCGUUGUCCUUAUAGUUUUGAAAACUUUGGCUGAGCGCGGACGCCAGCCGUCCGCCGGCCUUAUGGAAGUAUAUUAGGUAGUCAGUAUUAGAUCAUGCAAUACAUGAGCUGAAGAGAGGUUGUGAAGAGUAUCGUUGUAAAAGGUACCUAUUCAAAAUCUGGACAAACAGACUAACUUAUCUUGUACGACAGAUAGUGUUGCUGCAAUGUGCAUUUAUGCCAUCUUCUCUUUAAUUUGAAUAAUGGGAUCAGUGCCAAACUUUCUCCUUCUUAUUUAGCUCAAAACGAUGCAAUUGUUAGCAUGCUUGAUGAAACAGCUAAGUAAUUGUUUAGUUAGUCUGCCAUUUUGUGAAUAUUUUGUUUUGAUAGUAAUAUGUAAAUCUUUUAUAAUAUAUUUGUUUACAAUAAAUAAAUGACAACAUUAUAAAUAAAUGAAAUUGUAUUUUCCAUUUAAACUGAUGAAAAAAAAAAUAUAAAAAGAAUAAUAUUGCAAUGA